UCUCUCUCUCUCUCGGAUCAGCGAAUCACAGAGGAAAUCCGUGGGAGUGGAAGAACAAUAUUAAUUCAAUAAGCUCAGAGAAACGUAUAUAAGAUAUAUCUCAAACUCUCCUCAUUGAUUUUUCAUAUUGCUUAAUUGUAAAGAUUGUAUUUCCUUUCUCAAAUGAUUGGCCCUAAUUUUCCCAGAAUAUAUAUAUAUAUAUAUAGCUCUCUAGAGCUUCAUCUUUUGAUUUUGUUUUUUCUAGCUUUGAGUGAUCAUCUCCCUCUGUGACUAGCUAGAGUUAGUCUAAGCUUUUGUGUAUUUAGUUAGCUGAUGCGCGCUUAGUUGAUUCUUCGUAUAUUAAUUAUGUGUGCAGAUGCAGAAGCAACAGAGGUCUGAACACAAGAGAGAGGUGGCUGCUCCAUGAAGAAGAAGAAGAAGAAGAUGAACAAAAGCAAUCAUAGCAUACACCCAGAUGCAGCCUCAGCCUCAGCCUCAGCCUGCGGCGGCGGAGAAGUGAGGAGGGUUCACAUAAUAUACUUCCUGAGCUGGAGGGGGCGAAUGGAGCAUCCCCAUCUUAUCCGACUGCACCAUUAUCCGUCCUCAAAUGGCGGCAUUCGCCUCCGUGAUGUCAAGAGAUGGGUGUCGGCAGUGCGAGGGAAGGACAUGCCUCAGCUCUUCUCUUGGUCUUACAAGAGGAGAUACAAGAAGGGAUAUGUAUGGCAAGACUUGGUGGACCAAGAUCUCAUCACCCCAAUUUGUGACAACCAAUACAUUCUCAAAGGUUCUCAAAUUCCCUCUCCCCCCUUCAAUUUUGAUGAAGAAGAAGCAUGGCCUCCUAAUUCCAUGGCCAGCAGCAGCAGCAGCGGCAGCGGCUCAUCAGAGUCGACCGCCACCACCACGUUGACGGAUGAUUCACUCAAGUUGUUGCAAGACCACCGCAAUAAUCAUUCCCCUUAUUAUACGAACCACAAUAUUAAACAAGAAGAACCAACGGCCCAAGAACACCAAGAUUCUUCGUUUUGUUCGCCAUUAGUAUUGACGCCCAAAGAAGAGCAAGGCGACAAGAUGGAGAACCCUUCUUUCGUUUAUUCCAAACCCUCCAACAAGAACAAGAACAAGAAGGACGAUGAAAACCCUAGAGUUAGGAAGGGCCUCAGGAGCUACUCAUCUAACAUGUUCCGAAGCCUCAUCACCUGUGGAGCUGUGAACACAAAUGAUUCGGCCAUGGUUAAGAUCAAGAAGCGGGACAAAGGAGUUACCUCUUCCGGCUGCAUGGCCAUGGUCAAGCUGCCAGAAGAUAGGGUUAGUACUCUUAAUGCAGCAGCAAAGAUUCCGAAUGCUGGGAGUUCUUGGGCCCAGCGGGAUCAACGACAACACUCCAAUGCUAGGAGAAAGAGCUGUGAAGGGCAAGAGGGGAGGAAGCUAAACAACCAGAUGCCAGUUUCUGCUGCUUACAGGCCAAUCAAUGGUCCAAAAUGCUCGCAAUGUGGAAAGAUGUUCAAGCCAGAGAAAAUGCACAAACACAUGGAGUCCUGCAGAGGAAUGAAAUCCUUGGCAAAGGGUUCGGGUCCAGCAGCUGCCGACAAACCGAGAAAGAUCAGUUGAAAGUUCUUACCAACCAUUUUCUGGCUAUUACUUGACAAACUAAAGAAUUUGCAAAAUUUCAUGACCAGUUCAUUUUGUGCUUUUCCCAGAUUCUUAAGUGUAAAAAGAUGCACAAUUCUCCUUACAACUAACUUCCCACAAUGUAUAGUGCAAAUAGGAGGAUAUUGAUGCAGUUGGUCCUGUUUAGCAAUUGAGAGUGGGUCCAAACUUAGCUUCUAAGGGCAAACCUUUGGAAGUGCAGGAAUAGAAAACCUAAUGAAAAUGCA